AUGCACACCAUCAAUCAAUGGUGUAGUGCUGCAUAUGCAUUCGAAGCUCCACCAGUGUGGAAACCUUGGAAGCCUUGGCGCUUCCUGCUGCUCACUACCACAUUCGCGGCCCAUUUCUCUGGCGAUUGGCCGGCGGGCUUCGUCUACAAGCGUCUGUUCUCUCUUAAUGGCCAAAUGCCCGAGGAGUCUAGCCACAAUUGCCGUGUUCCCCUCGAUCAUGCUGGACAUGGUGCAUCAAGCCAAGAACCGCCUCCGUACGAGGUCGGCAGAAGCCACCUCCUCAGGUGGGAGUGA